GAUUCAGAUGUACUGCUUAAUAACUCUUGGCCUGAGUUUACACCGUGUUUCCAAAACAGCCUCCUGGUGUGGGUGCCAUGUGGCUUGGUGUGGAUUGUGCUGCCUCCUUAUCUUAUAUAUCUUUUCCAUUAUGCCAGUGGUUUGGUCAUUCCACUCAACAAACUCAGCUUAGCCAAAACGUUUUUCAGUCUCAUUUUGUGUUUGCUGUCUGUAAUUGAUGUCAUCAAGUCGGAAGCAGAUUCUAGAAGCAAGUCAGAUAAGAUUCCUGAUGUUGUUUAUGUGUCAGGAGCAUUGAAAGCAGCCACUUAUUUUUUAACAGCCAUCCUGAUACAGAUUGAAAGAAUGGAGGGUGUGAUCAGCUCAGGGGUGAUGUGGUUCUUCUGGUUACUGUCUGUUAUUGGUAAUAUCAUACCAUUCUACACAAAAAUAAUCCUCAAAGAUUAUGAGGAUCAUUUGUUUCCGUUUGUGGUGUUCUACAUCUAUUAUGCAUGUUUGAUCAUACAGUUAGUUCUGUCAAGUUUUGCCGAAAGUGUGCAGCGAAAUGGAUAUAGUUAUUUGGGAGAAAAACCAUCACCAGAAGUGUCAGCAUCUGUCCCCAACAGACUGGUUUAUUGGUGGAUGAAUGGGAUUGUGUAUCAAGGCUACCGCAAAGGGCUGACAGAGGAUGAUCUGUUCGACCUUCACCCAAGAGACAAAGGAGAGAGAGUGAUACCACAGUUUGAGCAAAUGUGGGAGGCAGAACUGACAAGAGCAAGAGCCAAAAAGAAUCGUAUUGUUGAGCUUGUAAAUCCUCAAGACCAACUAUUGACAUUUCAAACCAGAUUUCAUUUGUUUCAGGUGUUGGCCAAGACAUACGGAUUAGAAUUGCUGGAAGCCCAUCUGUGCAAGUUUCUUUAUGACCUACUGCAGUUUGUUAGUCCUCUUCUGUUGACUAUUCUUAUUGACUACACAAAAAACAUUCGAGAGAAUGAGGAACGUCAUCAAGAAUGGAAGGGAUAUGUGUAUGCUUCAGCAUUCUUUGUCGUUGCGGUUUUAGGAUCUAUAAUGUUUAAUCUAAACUUUCACAUUGGAAUGACCUUGGGUAUGCGGAUAAAAUCUGCUCUCAUUGCUGCAGUGUAUAAAAAGAGUCUGACCAUCAGCAACGAAGCCAAGAAAGAAUCUACUGUUGGAGAGAUAGUGAAUCUCAUGUCGGUGGACUGCCAGCGCCUACAGGAUGUGACUGGCUACCUGUGGGUCAUGUGGUCUGCUCCCCUGCAGAUUUUCUUGGCUCUGUUUAUGCUGUGGGGAGAGAUGGGUGUUGCCACUCUGGCAGGACUAGCUGUCAUGAUACUUCUGAUGCCAAUCAAUGCUCUCAUUGCCAUGAAACAAAGGCAGUACCAGAUUGCUGGGAUGAAGUACAAGGAUCAGAGAAUCAAACUAAUGAGUGAGGUUCUGAAUGGGAUUAAAGUUCUGAAACUGUAUGCCUGGGAGACUUCAUUUCAAGAAAAAGUUGAGGAAAUUCGGCACAAAGAACUGGUGAUACUGAAAAAGACAGCAUACCUAAGUGCCUGUGCCACCUUUAUCUGGACAUGUGCUCCUUAUAUAGUUACCUUGGCAACAUUUGCCACGUAUGUGUUAGUGUCAGAAAGUCAUUACUUGGAUGCUGGAAAAGCUUUUGUUGCCCUGUCAUUGUUCAACAUCUUGCGCUUCCCAAUUAACCUUUUACCAAUGAUGGUGUCACUUGUAGUGCAGGCAAGUGUUUCUUUGAAACGGAUCGGAAAAUUCUUAAAACAAAAAGAUUUGGACAAAACAAGUGUCAUUUAUGAUCCACAGCAUGAGUUUGCUGUUCAAAUUCAGGAUGGAACUUUUACCUGGGACAGGGCUAAUACAAUCCCAACUUUGAACAAUAUCAAUCUGGAAAUACCUGUAGGACAGCUUAUAGCUGUGGUUGGCCAGGUUGGUGUUGGAAAGUCAUCAUUGAUUUCAGCUAUGCUUGGUGAAAUGGAAAAAUUGCAAGGGACAGUCACUGUUAAAUCAAGCAUUGCAUACGUGCCCCAGCAAGCCUGGAUCCAGAAUGCAACUCUCAAAGACAACAUCCUAUUUGGCAAGGAUGAAAAGCCCAAUGUGUAUGAUCGUGUCCUUGAAGCAUGUGCAUUAAAACCAGAUCUAGAAAUUCUUCCAGGGGGAGAUUUGACAGAAAUAGGAGAAAAGGGUAUCAAUUUAAGUGGAGGACAGAAACAGCGUGUGUCGCUUGCCCGUGCUGUGUACAGUGAUGCUGACAUUUAUCUGUUGGAUGAUCCCCUCAGUGCCGUUGACUCCCAUGUGGGCAAACACAUAUUCAACAAAGUUGUGUCAAACAGUGGCAUGCUCAGAAGAAAGACAAGAAUUCUAGUAACUCAUGGAGUUCACUGGCUACCACAAGUUGACAAGAUUGUUGUUUUGAUAGAUGGACGUAUUUCUGAAAUAGGAUCAUAUGAUGAACUCUUGUCUCAUGAUGGAGACUUUGCUCAGUUCUUAAAGACAUACCUGACAAUGGAAGAGAGUGAUGAUGAAGAUGAAGAUCCAGAAAUUGUUGCAAUGAAGGCAAAGAUUUUAGAAAGGGUUGAUUCUGUAACAUCUGAUGCUGCUGCUACUUCAGGAGAUGAGAAGGCUCGUUCAAGUAGUCACCUAAAGAGGCGGAUUAGCAAGCCAGUGAUUGACAAGAAAGAGGAACCAAAGAUUGAAAUAAAGCCUCCAAGGCCUGGUGAUAGACUGACAGAGGAAGAAAAAUCUGAAACUGGAAAGGUGAAAACGGCUGUGUUCAUGGAAUACUUCAAAGCUAUUGGACUCUGUGCUACAUUUUCAUUCUUCAGUUUCUUUGCACUGUACCAAGCUGUUAGUGUGUACUCCAGCAUCUGGUUAUCUGACUGGACCUCAGACAGCCUUCUCAGAAACACCAGCCUCUCAAACACCAGUGCUUACAGUGACAGGAAUGACUUGUAUCUUGGUGUCUAUGGUGGACUGGGUGUUGCACAAGCUAUCCUGAUCUUCUUUUAUGCCAUCGUAGCCUUUAUCCAAAUGGUUCGAGCUUCACAGAAACUUCAUACAGCCAUGCUGGCAAAUGUUCUGCGGUCUCCAAUAAUGUUUUUUGACACAACUCCCUCCGGCCGCAUUGUGAACAGAUUUUCUCGAGAUGUGGAAACCAUUGAUAACACUCUGCCACAACAGCUGCGGAGCUGGAUGAGCACAUUCUUUGGGGCACUGAGUACUUUAGUCAUCAUCAGCUACAGCACACCUAUAUUUAUGACUGUGAUUCUCCCUCUGGGGGUAUUUUACUACCUCAUUCAGAGAUUCUAUAUCCCCACCUCUCGACAGCUGAAACGUAUUGAGUCCACAACACGGUCUCCCAUCUACACACAUUUCAGUGAAACAAUUACAGGGGCCACAUCUAUUAGGGCUUACAAAGCUACAGAUCAGUUUAUCUUACAAUCCCAAGAUAAAGUAGACAAGAAUCAGGUUUAUUACUUCUGUGGGAUAGCUUCUAAUAGAUGGCUGGCUGUCAGGCUAGAGUUUCUGGGCAGCUUUAUCGUUCUUGCUGCUGCCAUGUUUGCAGUCAUUGCUGAAGACACAAAUGAAAGCUUAGUUGGCCUAUCAGUGUCCUAUGCCCUCCAGGUCACUAGUGCCUUGAACUGGAUGGUCAGAAUGACCUCUGACCUGGAGACAAAUAUUGUGUCUGUUGAGAGGGUUAAGGAAUAUACAGAGACACCUACAGAGGCAGCCUGGGUAAACCCAUUCAAGCAUCCACCAAGCAAAUGGCCUCAGAAUGGUGUUAUAGCCUUCGUCAACUACACCACUCGUUACAGACCUGGUCUUGAUUUGGUCUUAAAGGGUAUAAGCUGCCAGAUUAAAGGAGGAGAGAAGGUAGGCAUUGUGGGCAGAACUGGUGCAGGAAAAUCCUCCAUGACAGUUGCAUUAUUCCGUCUGAUAGAAGCUUCCAGUGGCAGUAUCAUCAUUGAUGAUGUUGACAUCAGCGAGAUUGGGCUGCAUGAACUGAGGUCCAAGCUUACUAUCUUACCUCAGGAUCCUGUUCUGUUUUCUGGUACCUUGAGAAUGAACUUGGAUCCCUUCAAUAUCUAUACUGAUGACUUACUCUGGAGAGUGCUGGAGCAUGCAAACCUAAAAUCUUUUGUUGAGGAGGCUAAUGGAAGAUUGAACUAUGAAUGUGGUGAGGGAGGGCAGAACCUCAGUGUUGGCCAAAGGCAGCUGGUGUGUUUAGCCAGAUCCUUGCUACGCAAAACUAAAAUUUUGGUUCUUGAUGAAGCCACAGCAGCUGUUGACAUGGAGACCGAUGAUCUGAUUCAACAAACUAUUAGAACCGAGUUCAAGGAUUGCACAGUACUCACAAUUGCUCACAGAUUGAACACAAUCAUGGAUUAUGACAG